AUGGGGUCGUUUCUUCUCUGCGCAAUUCUAUUGUUUGUAGUUGAGCGAAAGGUUUCUGGCAUUACCGAAGGUGAGGCCCUGAUUGCAUUGAAGAAGAACAUGAACGAUCCUAACGAUGUUCUUAAAAACUGGGAUUCUUCCAUAGUGAAUCCCUGCACCUGGUUUGGUGUUAAAUGCAAUGGUGAAAGCGUCACUCGUAUGGAAAUUUAUGGGAAUAAUAUCAGAGGAAAAAUCCCAAAAGAGCUGGGAAACUUGACAAGCUUGGUGACCUUGGAUCUUUACUCGAACAGACUAAGUGGUCCGAUUCCAGACACAUUAGGCAAACUUAAGAACUUACAAUUCCUGCGUCUCAACGAUAACAACUUAUCAGGAAACAUUCCUGUGUCUUUGACUGGUCUUAAAUUACUGCAAGUUCUUGAUUUCUCGAGCAACGAGUUAAGUGGAGAAAUACCAGUUGGCGGUUCAUUAUUAUCAUUUUAUCCCUCCGGUUUUUCAAAUAAUCGUGGACUAAGAGCACCGAAGGGACUACCUCUGACGCCAACAUCUCUUUCAGGUAACAGUAAUACUAGAGCAAUUGCAGGAGGAGCUGCUGCUGGCGGUGCACUGUUAUUUGUAACACUCGUUAUUGUACUCGUAUAUUGCAGAAGAAGGAGAUCACAAGAACAUUUCUUUGAUGUUGCUGCUGAGGAUCCUCCUGAUGCAAAUGAUCAUCACCAUGGUCAACUUAAGCGGUUUUCUCUGCUUGAACUACUUGUAGCAACAGAUAACUUUAGUAGCAGAAACAUUCUGGGUGUAGGUGGUUUUGGAAGGGUUUAUAAAGGACGCUUGGCUGAUGGUUCUCUUGUAGCAGUAAAGAGACUUAAAGAGGAACGAACACAUGGCGAAGACGUUCAAUUUCAAACAGAAAUGGAAAUGAUCAGCAUGGCUGUGCAUCGAAACUUGCUUCGCCUUCUUGGAUUCUGCUCUACACCCACUGAACGCUUGCUUGUUUAUCCUCUCAUGGUUAAUGGCAGCGUAGCAUCAUGCUUACGAGGGCGUCCAGAAUCACGACCUGCAUUAGACUGGUUAACUCGGAAGCGUAUAGCAGUAGGGGCUGCAAGGGGACUUGCGUAUCUGCAUGAUCAUUGUGAGCCAAAGAUUAUUCACAGAGAUAUUAAAGCAGCAAACAUAUUGCUGGACGAGGAAUUUGAAGCAGUUGUGGGGGAUUUUGGUUUAGCAAAACUCAUGGAUUACAAAGCCACUCAUGUUACGACUGAAGUAAGAGGGACGAUUGGGUAUAUAGCACCAGAAUAUCUCUCCACUGGACAGUCUUCAGAGAAGACUGAUGUUUUUGGAUAUGGUGUUAUGCUUCUUGAACUAAUCACUGGACAGAAAGCUUUUGAUCUCGCUCGACUUGCAAUAGACAAUGAUCAUAUCAUGUUGCUUGACUGGGUGAGAGAAGUGGUGAAAGAGAAGAAGUUGGGGACUCUAGUGGAUGCUGAUUUAAGGGGAAUUUGUGACGAACAAGAAGUUGAAGAGGUAGUCAAAGUGUGUUUACUGUGCACACAGAACAACCCUUUGAGAAGGCCAAGGAUGUCACAAGUGGUGAGAAUGCUGGAAAGUGAGGGUAUGCAUGAAGACUGGGAACAAUGGCAGAUGGAGAUGUCGUCGCAGCAACAUAGUGUUGAUUUUAAUAUGAGCCAUCAUCAGGUCAAUGCUGAUGAAUGUACUUUAAGCUCAAGUUCAUGUAUAGUACCAGAAGAACUUUCAGGUCCACGAUGA